AUGAAUUAUAAAUCGAUUGUUUUUCGUGAAUUUACACAAGAAUCAUUUCAACGUAUUGAAAAAUAUCGACAAGAGGAAACUGAACGUAUUGCUGUCGAAAUAUUACAACGAGAAACAACACAAAAAGAUGAUAUUAAUGGCAUGCAUCAUUUAAAUAAAUCAUCAAAAAAUGAACCAAACCAAUCUAAUAGAGCACCUAAUAAAGAAUUAGCCGUUGGACAAACAUUACCACGUGUUUUACAACAUAGAUUUCCGCCUGAACUUAUUGGAAUUCCAAUUGAAGAAAUCGAUUCAUACUAUCGUAAAGAAUACGUAUUCGUGGUUGUUAAUCGGAGCAAUGCAAUAUUUCGAUUUAGUGCAACGCGAGCUUGUUUUAUAUUUUCUCCAUUUAAUUGUUUUCGACGUUUAGCUAUACGCAUAUUAACACAUUCGCUUUUUAGUACACUCGUUAUGCUUACAAUCCUAUCCAAUUGCAUAUUUAUGACGCUUAGAAAUGCACCAGAAGUGACUGAGUAUAUUUUUACAAUAAUCUAUACAUUUGAAGCAUCAACAAAAUGUGUUGCACGAGGAUUUAUUCUACAGCCACAUACAUUUUUGCGUGAUCCAUGGAAUUGGUUAGAUUUUAUUGUCAUUACACUUGCAUAUGUAACAUUUUUUAUCAAUCUGGGGAAAGUUGCUGUACUACGAACAUUUCGUGUAUUAAGAGCAUUGAAAACUGUUGCAGUUGUACCUGGUUUAAAAACAAUCGUUAAUGCUUUAAUACAAUCUUUUAUAGCUCUACGAGAUGUGGCUGUUUUAUCAAGUUUUAUUCUUUCGAUAUUUGCUUUGGUAGGAUUACAACUUUACAUGGGUGUUCUUCGACAAAAAUGUGUGCCAACAUAUGAUUUAUUUCUCAAUAAUUCCAAAAUUUUCAACAGUAGAUCAAAUAUGUCAUAUGACUUCUAUUUAAAAGAAUUGAAUAAUGAAACUAAUUGGUAUCAACAAGAUGAUAUUUAUGUUCUUUGUGGUAAUUCAAGUGGAAGUAUAAGAUGUCCUGAUGGUUAUGUUUGUUGGAAAGAUCGAGGCAUAAGUCCUGAUUAUGGAUAUACAAGUUUUGACAAUUAUGGUUGGGCUAUGCUUGCGUGUUUUCGUUUGAUGACACAAGACUAUUGGGAAAAUCUUUAUCAAUUAGUACUGUCAGCGGCUGGUCGUAUUCAUUUUUUCUAUUUUCUUGCUGUCAUAUUUUUUGGUUCAUUCUAUUUAAUCAAUUUAAUCUUGGCUAUUGUUUCGAUGUCUUAUUUUGAACAGCAAAAGCAAAUUGAAGCUGAAAAUGAAGAACUCGAAAGACGUAAAAUUGAAGAUGAACUUGAAAUACAAAAUGAAGAAGCUGAAACACAUUUACAUACUGAAACCGCUUCAUGUCACGAUCAGUUAGAUCAUCAAAUUUCCAAUUGCACUGUUGCAACACAAUAUGAACAAAAGGAAAAAGCAAAUGGUUCAAAUAAAAUCCAAUCAUCUCAGACAGCACCAUCAAUGUAUCAAUUUAAUAAGUCAAAUUCAAGUUUAUCAACUACAUUACUAAAUGAUUAUGCAACAUUAUUAUUUAUUGAUGAUACGAGACCUAAUACGCCAAAUGAAAGUCAAAAACAUAAAAAAACAAGAAGUUAUUCUCAUGCAUCCGAACACAGUCAAAAUCCCAAUGAUUCAACUCUCACAGCAAUUGUUACUCUUUUUGUAUUGGAUGCAUUUGUUGAUUUAUUUAUUACAAUAUGUAUUGUAUUAAAUACAGUAUUCAUGGCGCUCGAUCAUCAUGGACAAAGUGAACUGAUGACACGAAUUUUAACCGGAGGCAAUUAUUUUUUUACAACUGUAUUUACAUUUGAAUGUACACUAAAAUUAAUUGCAAUGGCACCAGCUGAAUUUUUUAAAAAUGGGUGGAAUGCAUUUGAUUUCGUAAUUGUGUCAGUUAGUCUUAUUGAAUUAGGUCUUGCCAAUGUAAAAGGUUUAAGUGUUUUACGUUCGUUUCGAUUGUUACGAGUAUUUAAAUUGGCUAAAUCUUGGCAAACAUUGAAUCGUCUUAUGUCAAUUAUUGGCAAAUCAAUUGGAGCCUUGGGAAAUUUAACAUUCGUUCUUGGGAUUAUAAUAUUUAUUUUUGCUGUUAUGGGAAUGCAGUUAUUCGGUCAAAAAUAUCAUGAUAAAUUUGGUAAAGAUAUACCAAGAUGGCAUUUUUUUGAUUUUUUUCAUGCAUUUAUGAUUGUUUUUCGUGUCUUAUGUGGUGAAUGGAUUGAAUCAAUGUGGGUGUGUCUUGAAUGUGCUGGAUGGCCUUGCAUUCCAUUUUUUCUUCUUACGUUUGUUAUUGGUAAUCUUGUGAUAUUAAAUUUAUUUCUGGCACUUCUACUUGCAUCAUUUGGUUCAGAUGUUUUAACUGAGAACGAAAAUGAAGACAAUAAGAUUGCUGAAGCAAUCGAUCGUAUUCAAAGAUUUUUUAAUUUUCUAACUGCAUUUAUUUUACGCUUGUUUCAUCGAAAUAAACAAAUAUUAAAGGAUAUUAAUGAUAAUCAAUUAUCAUCAACUACAAAAGGAUCAACUAAUAAUCUUACUUUACCAGCAUUAUGUCAAUCAGCAGAAUUGAAUACUUCAAUAAUUUUAACGACUAAUUCAUUAGUAGAACAUGAUAAUAUUGAAAUGCAACCGAUAGAUGAUAAUUCUAUAUCUCUUCCUUCGUGUCAAAAUCUUCAUAUAGCACCAGAUUGUUUUCCUAAUGCAAUAUCAAAAUAUUUUACUUGUUGUAGUAAAUGUAUUCCAAAAUCUAUUCAAGAACGAUGGACAUAUUUUCGUAGUUUAACUCAUUACAUUGUUGAACAUCAAUAUUUUGAAUUGCUUAUUAUUAUCAGUAUAUUAGCUAGUAGUACAUCUUUAGCUUUAGAAGAUGUCAAUACACGACAGCAACCAACAUUUCUAUAUAUUUUGUCUAUAUUUGAUAAAAUUUUUACAGUUAUUUUUACAUUCGAAUUAAUCUUAAAAUGGUUUGCUUAUGGGAUUUCAAAUUAUUUUACAAAUGGUUGGAAUAAAUUAGAUUUUGUUAUUGUUGUUGUUAGUGUACUAGGAACUAUUCUCGAUUUAUUUGGUAUAGCUGAUAUUCCAGCAUUUAAAUCUAUGAGAACAUUACGAGCCUUACGUCCAUUAAAAGCUCUAUCUAGAUUUGAAGGCAUUCGAAUUGUUGUUAAUGCAUUAUUCGGUGCUAUACCAUCAAUAUUUAAUGUUUUACUUGUUUGUCUUGUAUUUUGGUUAAUAUUUUCAAUUAUGGGCGUACAAUUAUUUAGUGGAAAAUUUUAUAAAUGUGUUUAUGUUGGUACACACGAUCGUGUUAACGUAUCAGAAAAUAUAAAAAAUAAAAAUGAUUGUUUAAAUAGCAAUUAUACAUGGGAAAAUUCACGAGUUAAUUUUGAUAAUGUUCUUAUUGGUUAUUUAGCUUUGUUUCAAGUUGCAACUUUCAAAGGUUGGAUCGAAAUUAUGGCUGAUGCAACUGAUGCUAAAGACGUCGAUAUUCAACCGGAAUAUGAAAUUAAUGUUUAUAUUCUUCUUUAUUUUGUUUUCUUCAUUAUAUUUGGUUCAUUUUUUACUCUCAAUUUAUUUAUUGGUGUUGUUAUUGAUAACUUUAAUCAACAAAAACGAAAGUUAGGCAGUGAUGGUUCAAUAGACAUGUUUCUGACAGAAGAUCAAAAAAAAUAUUAUAAUGCUAUGAAAAAAAUGGGUGGUAAAAAACCGACUAAAGCAUUGCCAAGACCGAGAUUUGCUCUUGGACGAUUUCUUUUUGAUGUAACAACAAAUCAAAAAUUCGAUAUAUUUAUAAUGAUCUGUAUUUUUCUGAAUAUGGUUUGUAUGUGUCUUGAACAUCAUAAUCAAAGUCGUGCCUAUGACCGUAUUCUUGACUAUAUUAAUAAUUUAUUUGUUAUCAUAUUUGCUAUUGAAUGUUUCAUGAAAUUAAUUGCAUUAAAUUUUAAAUAUUUUACUAUUCCAUGGAAUGUAUUCGAUUUUAUUAUUGUAAUUGCAUCUAUUCUUGGGCAAGCAUUAGGAGAAAUUAUGGCACAAUUUGUAGUGAAUCCAACAUUAUUACGUGUUGUUCGUGUUGCACGCGUUGGAAGAGUAUUACGCCUUGUAAAAGGUGCAAAAGGUAUUCGAACAUUACUUUUUGCAUUAGCUGUUUCAAUGCCUGCGUUAUUUAAUAUUGGUCUUCUUCUUUUUCUUGUGAUGUUUAUUUAUUCCAUAUUUGGUAUGUCAUUUUUUGCUUAUGUAAGAAAAUCAGCUGGUAUAACAGAUUUGUUUAAUUUUGAAACAUUUCCUAAUUCAAUGAUUGUACUUUUUCAAAUGUGUACGACUGCCGGUUGGUCCGGUGUUUAUCAAGCAUUAACAAAUGAUCAACCACCCGAUUGUGAUCCAACUUUAAAUACACCAUCACAUAAAGGGGAUUGUGGUGAUACAGCUAUUGCAACGCCAUUUCUUGUCAGUUAUGUUAUAAUUACUUCUCUUGUUGUGGUAAAUAUGUAUAUUGCAGUAAUACUAGAAAAUUUUAGUCAAGCACAAGAAGACGUACAACAAGGCUUAACUGAUGAUGAUUAUGAUAUGUAUUAUGAAAAAUGGCAAAAAUUUGAUCCAUUAGGUCUACAAUUUAUACAAUAUGAUCAAGUAUUAGAUUUUGUUGAUGCUCUUGAAGCACCAUUACGUAUUCCUAAACCAAAUUAUUUAAUACUCGUUCGUUUGAAUUUACCAAUAUGUGAAAAUGAUCGAAUGCAUUGUGUUGAUAUACUUGACGGUCUUACAAAAUAUUUUCUUGGUACAUUAGAUACAGGGAUAGCAAGUAAUGAAAUUGAUGCACCAAUUGAUAUAAAAAACGAUCGUCCUAAAGAUUAUCAUCCAAUAUCAACAACAAUGCAACGACAACGUGAACUUUAUUUAAGUCGCUUAAGCUUAAAACGUUUCCGAAACAAUGUUGAACGACGUCGAAAUGAACGAACACAUCAAUCAACAUUUGAUAAUUUUUCAAUUGAUGAACAAAAUGAAUUAAAUAAUUUAUAG